UCAAGACAGGCUUAAUGAUUUUCUUACAAACAUAAAUAACAUGUCAGGACAGAUGAUAAACCGUUCAAUAUUGACAUUACCUUAUGGCUAUAACAACAUAACUAAUGCUUUAAAAGCCACUGAAAUGAGUGAUGGAAAAAUUAUUGAUGAUGUGUUAAAACAAAGAUUGGAAAACAAAGUGUACACUUGGUUCAAAGAAAUGAAAAUAAUGGUAGCGCUCAAGCCAGAAGUUAUUUUGGAUAAAGAUCCCGCUGCGUCACCUACCCAAUACCUUGCUUUUUGGAAAAAUCGAGAACAACAAUUUAUACAUUUUCACGAACAAAUUGACCAAAAGAUUGGAAAUUUCUUAAUCAUUACAAAAAGCCCAUGCAUGGAUAUUUAUAAACAAAUAAUAGAAAUAACAGUGACUGAAAAACGAGAAACGAAUCUUAUAAAUAUGUUUUUAUCUACUCUUUCUAAGCACAUAAAUACGAUCGAAGGAGUUGGUUUGGUUGAUUCGAAAGAAGAAAUAUGCAUUUUAUGGAGAAAAUUGGCUUUGAUAUGGAUAAAUUGUCCAAAUUUUCAAAAUUACAAUUAUAUAAUUAUCUUGAUAAAAGUAUUAUGUAAUAUGAUCAUGGCUGAAUCUUCAAGAUAUUUAGAACCAACUGCUCUAUUUCAAGGUGAAUUAGAGGAGAACUUAGCUAAGAUUUAUGAUAUUCUAGACAUAUUAAGUUAUUUCAAGUAA